GGCGCCUCGUCAGUCAGUCCGAUGUAAACAAAUGGUGAGGAUGGCCGCUGAGGGACUGGUGGUGGAGUUUCAGAAGUUUAAUAAGAAUGCCAGACACUUGAGGCGGCUGCAGAGGGAGACUAUACAAUCCAUAGAAGAUGUAGGACUCUCGGGAAACUUGUCGGAAGAUCAGGUGGCGGAGAUCCGGCUGAGUGAGGGCGAAGUGCGGGCGCUGCGAGGCGUUCUGGGCGGGCCCACGUGCCUAGUGGUGUGGGGUCAGGACGCCUGCGGCAAGGCCCUGGUGGUGACCCGUCUCCUGGGCGAGCAGGUGCUGCCCAUCGUGCCUCACGCCCCCACACAGCCGUGGCGCCCCAUCAGGCUCAAGCACGCCCAGACUCGCUCCGUGUCCCUCACGCUGCCUGAUGACGCCCCGCCAGAGACUGAAGGCGCCGGGUACGAGCUGGCCCUGUCCCUGCAGGCACAUCAGCGGCCCUGGGGCACCGUGCCACGCGCCGACGUGGAGGUGGAUCUGCAAACACAGCAGGACCCUGUGGUGGGGAGCGCCGUGCUGGAGGUGGGACUCAACCACCCGCUGUUAAGGGAGGGCUUGCAGGUGGUGGUAGCGCCCUCAGAUUCUCCUGACGGCUCUCCCCUCGCCUUCCUAGGAUCGCUGCUGCCCGAGGUGCUGCCCAUCGUGGUCUACGCCAUAUCCAGGGACGAACUCUCGGAUCAGGAGGUGACGGAGUUGAGAGAGCUGAAGAAGGUCCAUCCAACUCUCCCUAUCCUGUUCAUCCGAGUGCCCCUUCUGCCGGAGACCUUCAGUGAUGACCUGCCGGAGUCUGAACAACAUGAUAUCCUCUGCAACCUUCGCGUCCUACCCUCCCCGGCACGCCCCGACCCCCACCCGGAGAAUCCCAACCACGCCCUCACCCCAUCUCCGCGCCCACAUCCCCAGCCGGCGCCCCUUCAGCUGUACCGCGUCCUUUGUGAUACUCUGGGAUAUCUAACAAGGACGCCCCUGCCCAAGAAGAUUAGGUGGCGGUUUGUUGAGCAGAGUUACCACGUGGACAGUGAGCUGGUGGAGAGCUUUGACUCCUUCGGCAACGUUGUGCCUUACAUGAGGAUGGUCUUGCAGUCUCACCUCAUCUAUGCCUGCACCCUCCUCAACCAGGCUCACAAUCGCUGCAUGAGAAAGUUCAUCCUGUAUGCAUUUGACAUGGCGCGAGAAAUUCAGAUCACACCGCGGCGCAUCAGCUACGCCCGGGAGAAGGAGGCAGAGUUGUAUGAGAGCCUGAUGGACAUUGCCUCCAGGAAACAGGACGAGAUAAGGAACGUCAUUGCCGAUACUGUGGCCAGUCUGAAGGAGGACCUGCUGGACAAGGCUGCCGCUUAUGAAUUCAAAGACGUGGAGGUACUGCCGCAGGGGGACCUGGUGAGCAGCCGGGAGGUGCGGCAGUGCACCAUGCAGAUUCAGGAGCUCGUUAUUGGCUCCCUCAAUGCCGAGAUCGGGCGGCAGCUGGUGGACCGCGUGGAUGUGAUGAGGGAGUCGUACCUUGGCACCCUGCAGCGGUGUCUGGAGAACCUGGAGAAAGAUUGUCGAGCUUGUGGUGAACAUCCUCAGAUUGGGGAUGCUCUCAAGCAGAUGGUGAAUGCAGCAUACCAGGUAGAGGUGACAGUAACCACCUCAUCUUCAGUCCUGCGAUCACUCUGGGAGAAGAUGAAGCAGAUAGUGGCGACCAUGCCUGGGAGAGCACCGCCUGUCAUAGAUGCUGACUGGAAGAGGAAGGUGGCAUCGGACAUAAUAAUGAGUCUCUCGGAAACCAGGCUUACCAAGAGCAUAUGUGCCCAGUUCCGAGAGAGGCUAAAGAACAGCCAUGACUCGUUCCUGGGCAGUCUCAAAGUCUUGGAGGCCCAACUCACCUCACGGCUUGUCAAGACAGAAGGGCAGCAGACUCGCAUCAAGAAGGUGGAUGCACCCAAGCUUGCUCGCCUCUCCCUGGAGUCCACUUCCCUCAGAGAUAUGAUACUCUUUGGCAUGCCCCGGUUGGACCGAGAGUUGGGGCGUGGCCAGUAUGGUGUGGUGUACAGCUGCGAGGCCUGGGGAGGAUACCGACCCUGUGCUGUCAAAUCCCUUGUCCCACUUGAUGAGAAGCAUUGGAAUGAUCUGGCCAUGGAAUUCCACUACACAAGGAGUGUUCCUGAGCAUGAUCGGAUCGUUGCUCUCCGGGGCAGUGUGAUAGACCACACCUACGGGCAAGGGGAGUCCCCCGCUGUGCUGCUUAUUAUGGACAGGCUCACCAGAGACCUUUAUUCCGCCAUCAAGCACGGCCUUGACUGGCUUGUCAGGUUGCAGAUUGCCCUUGACGUGACUCAAGGCAUUCGUUUCCUCCACUCCCAAGGUCUUGUUCAUAGGGAUAUAAAGCUCAAAAAUGUCCUGUUGGACAAGCAUAACCGAGCCAAGCUGACAGACUUGGGAUUUUGCAAGCCUGAGGCCAUGAUGUCAGGAAGCAUAGUGGGCACCCCAAUCCACAUGGCCCCAGAACUCUUCACGGGCCAUUAUGACAACAGUGUGGAUGUGUAUGCCUUUGGUAUCCUCUUCUGGUACAUCUGUGCCGGGCACGUCAGGCUGCCACUCAUUUUUGAGCAGUGCCACUCUAAGGACCAGUUGUGGAAUUGUGUAAAAAAAGGGGCACGCCCAGAGAAGCUGCCUGUCUUUGAGGAGAAGUGUUGGGACCUAAUGCAGGAGUGCUGGGAUGGAGACCCUGCCAAGCGGCCUCUGCUGGGAGAUGUGGAGCCCAGACUGAUGGAGAUCAUGACUGUGGAUUCCAAGAGGCAGGAAGAAGAGAGAGAAAAGACCAAGGAACAAGUUGCUAAAGAUAUGCUUGAGGAUCAAAAUGUUCAAGAUUGCACGAUUGACUCUGCCAUCGAUGCCACAGAACAGAUGGGCUGCUUAGCGCGUGAUUCAUUAUCUCACCUGGGGAACAGUCUACAGUACAUUAGUGGCACUUUGUAGCAGCUGGCCCAGGAGUAGUGUAGCUGUGGUGACAGAUAGUUGCUGCAGCCACUCGUUCAUCCAUUCCAUGCCUCAGGAAAGCCAGUGUGCUGCUCUGCCCUGACCCUUUCUACAUCCUGUCUGGAAGUCCUUUGUCUGCAUUGCAUUGUUGUUUCUUAAAUAAUGGCUGAAAAUGUGUUCCUGAGAGGUGUGGCGAGUAAAUAGGUUCAGUAUCUUUGUAUAUUUCUUAGUGUCAACAUUUGCUUUAAGCUGUAAGCAGACCAGGAAGGACAGGAAGGAUAUUCAGGAUGGAUUGUUACUUUACAUUGCCAUUGUAGUCUUCCUGUUACCAAAGAUAAUAACUGGUAAGGGUCUUGUUCAUGUAUCUGUUUCCAGAGUGCAAACAAACAGAAUUUUGAUACUGUAUAAAAAAAAGUAUUGAUGUAUAUAUACAUAUUAUCUUGUGUGUUGUUUGCAGUUUUAUUUUUGUGAAGUAUUUUUAGAUGUAUCAACAGCUCUCAAGAAUACAAAUAUCUAAUUACAGAGUGUGUGGUAAUAGUCAGCAGUGAAAUUAAUCCUAUGAUAGUGUAGGUUUUAUUAGCUUUAAGUCCAUUAUGGCAAUUUUCAUACUGGAUCUCAUUGAGCGAUCAUUAUGGAUGCACUAAGAACCAUAGUAAUAUUUUUAUAUGCUUGUUUUUAUAUACUACUUCCUUUCACUUCAGUGUGUGUGUCCUACCUUGCCAAUAAUGUAAACCUUAUGAAAUUCACUUCUGUUGUCUGUCAUUGAUGAGAUUUAAACAAAAGACAUGGUAUUAUUACAUGUAGUACUGUCCUCACAAGUCUUGGACACAUUAUGGUGUCUGGUUUCAGGAGGACAUUAUAGCAUUCUGGUGUAUACUUAUAGUUUGGAAGUUAUUUAUUUUGAUACUUGCAUAACCUUACAGUAUAUUAUGUCAGGGUGGAAAACUCCUUCUUUCAUGUGGCCUUAGAUAUGGUGGGAUUACAAUCGUGCUACACCAGUGUACCGGUACUGAAACAUUCCAGUGUACAAUACAGUUGAAGUCAUUAGCUUAUAUUUGGUGUUUUUCAAACUGUGUAUUUAUAGACUCAAUGCUUUGUAAUUAUAUUUGUGCAGUUGUAGGAGUUUAUUUAUUAUGCAUACAAUACCAAGGUUUUAUUGUUGUAGUGGAAGACAACUUGUUGUAUGGUAGUAUUAACGAAUAUUUAUAUUUCCUAUGAAGACUUUCUUCAGUGAUACAUCCAUGACUUAUGAAGAUGCAAAAAAAUCUGGAUUAUCUAUUUGCAAUGUGGAUGUAGAUUUUGCUUUAAUGACUUGAACUGCUUAUUAAAGCAUAUAGUUAAUUUUAUAUUGCCAAGAUUAGAAAAGUCGUGUUACUACAGUAAAUCACUACUUUGAAUGCCAUUUGCCAAGUUGUUGCCCUUUUAUGUAAAUGUAAAAUGUAACACAGUAGUUUUGGAAUUGAAAUUGAAGUUUUAUGUUGGAACCACAGAUAGUUCUUUGUCUCAGACAGUGACUGUAAAAAAAAAGUAGUGGAGCAUAAAGUUCAUAGUGCACAUAAACCAAACCUUUGAUGCUCAAUUACCGCUGUGAGAGAUAUAAAAAUGUGGUAAAUUGUCACAUAUAUUUGGCAAGGCAAACAAUGCAAACAUCAUAUCACUCCCUGUUACCCUGGCUCUUAUAAGCCUCUUUGGACUGAGAGAAUGAGAAAGCAGUACUGCAGUGCUUGCAUCUUAUCAACCUAAUACUCUUGCAUGUCUUCAUUUUUUAUCCUAAGCCUUCCUUUUUCUAAGGAAUGACAGCUGUUCCCAGCACUUGUGCUGCCGUCACCACCAGUCUGAUGGCUGCGACUGAUCCUCUUAUAAUCCUAUCUUGCAAAUACCGAGUGUCAUUCAAACAAAUGUCAUUCCAAUAUUAUUUCUUGUUAUGCUUACCAGAACUCAUUGUAAUGUAAGAAUUAAAUGUUAGUUAUGAAAUAAGGUGGUCACAGUGAAAUGGAAAUGGUAGGAGAGCACAGGAGGUAUCAUUCACUCACUUGUGUCUGAAGGGUACUGGUACUGGUACUGAUUCACAAACUGAGCUUAGCAUCAUUGAUUAGCAUCAUCAGUGUGAGUUGCCAUAAGUGACAAUUUGCCAAUUUUUAAUACCUCCCAUGGCUGUCAAGUUUCAAACUUUUGGGCUAUGGGCACAUGAUGUCUACAAUUUAUUUAUUUUUUGGUCACUGUGCAUAUCUUUAAGGGGGAUCUCAGCCAAGUAUGUACAUAGAUGGAUAUGUGCAAGGAUAGUUGGUGUUAGACUACUUUUAUACUAUUGGAAGACAUCAAAAUGCUGUCCAGUGUUGCAAGAAGGUACUGGUACUGUUUUGUGUCUAAGUAAUUUAUGCUGGUGUUGAGUGUGCCUUACUACUAGCUAUUCAAGCUUCCUGUGUCUUCAAGUGCUUUAUUGUAUGGUUCAGCUGCUCUAAGGAAGGGGUAACUGUUACUGGUCCCCAUUUGUGUUUACCUUUGCCUCACCUCUUCCUGUAUGUUGUCAUGUCUUUACUCAUUGCAUAUUCACAUAUUGCAAUGAAAAAGAAAUUCAGUUUAAAUGUUAGGUUAUAGUGAUAAAAAUGUUCAUCUCCCAAAAAACAAAACGAUAUUGUUGGAUAAUGAUAAUUGUGACAGACAGAUGCAAGGAUAAGACCUCUUCCUUACUUAGCUUAAAAUUGUUCUUCAUAGUUUACUGCAUCAAAUUGAGCAAGCAUCUAAAUUACUAGUUGAGUUAUCUGUUUUGUCAAUUUGCCUAAAAGGGUAAACAUAUGCUUAAGGUAAAGUGCAUGUGUGUGUGUGUGUGUGUGUGUGUGUGUGUGCGAGGUGAAAAAUGCUAUUGAUUCCUUGCAUAAAUUCCCUACUUACAAUUUUACAGUGAAAACUGAAUACAUCAUGAUGACUGAAAAGUUUGUGAAGUUAGUUAAUAUUUUGCAUUGAAGAUGUGAACCAAUAAAGGGUGAAAGGCUUGGUGCUCAUACUCAGUGUCUGUUGAGAAGUGCUGUCAAGUGAAGGAAACGUGUGCUUCCUCCAUGUCCUAUGCUACAAUAUACUGUAUCUGUGAUAGACUUAUAGGGCUGCAUGUGAGCCACAACCAGGAAAUGUGGUGAUUUGCAGUUACCAUAGUUUGCUUGCUAAAGGCUGAUAAGUUUUAAGGCAUUUCAGAUUUAUUUACUAAAAGUAUUAAAAUUAAUUUCAUUUUAACUUUUGAAUGAAUUGCCCUCUUGGUUAUGGAUAUGAUAGGUUUUAAGCUCAUUCAGGUGACUUAACUUCAAAGGCAAACUGCUAUUUGAAGUGUUCAUGCAAUGAGUUUUUUUUUUAUUUUGUGUACUUUUGAAUGUGCUUUCUCUCAAUUUAUAUGAGUACAGCAAGCUUUUUUUUCCUAGAUUUAUUUAAUGCAGGAGUAACUGUUUUGGCCAGGCAUCCUAGUCUUAUAUAAUUCUUGAAAUUUGUGGUGUUUGGUUUUUAAUUAUGUAUAGAUGAGACAAUACUUGCUUAAUAGGGCUCUUCAUACUUACUGCUGAACAUCACUUAGUACAUCACUGCCCAACAAGGCUUGUAAGAUGCUGAAAUUCCUUUGAGUCUUGUAUCAUGCCAGUUUCCAAGCCGUCAUGUGCGUGGAGAUAUAUCAAAUGCUAUUUUUCCAUUUACGAACGGUCUGUAACAAUUAUAUUUGAAACUUCUAUGAAGGAUGCCUUGUCAGCUUUUAUUUGUGUAGGAUUAUGGAAAUCUGUUUAUGAUUGUAUUAUAUUAAAGAUAAUACAUUA